GUGGACGCUGUGUAAAGUACCGUCCAAAGUUUGUCAGCCUGAUAAGUCGCUCACACAGUCGCGUCGCAGCUCUACGCUUCUGCUUCAGGAACUAAGCCAUCAAGUCUGAAAACAGCACCCAGGAAAGCGUGAGGAUGGCGGAGGAACCGCAGCGGGUCGGAGGGUUACCGGAGGACGUGCAAACAGACGACUGCAUGUCCUCAUACACGCAUAUCUUCAGCCCUGAGCUUCUGAAGGACCAGGUCGCCUUCAUAACAGGUGGUGGAUCUGGAAUAGGGUUCCGAAUUGCUGAAGUGCUGAUGAGGCAUGGUUGUGACACCGUCAUUGCCAGCAGAAAUCUGAAUAAACUGACUGAGGCGGCUAAGAAGCUGACGGAUGCCACAGGUCGUUGCUGUUUGCCCCUGGCCAUGGACGUGCGUCAGCCAGAGACCAUAACCACAGCAGUGGAAGAAACCCUGAAGGCUUUCGGACGCAUCGAUGUCCUUAUCAACAAUGCUGCGGGAAACUUCCUGUGUCCUGCGUCCGCUCUGUCCUUCAACGCGUUCAGGACUGUUUUAGAGAUCGACACCAUGGGCACUUUCAACACCAGCAAAGUGGUUUAUGAGAAAUGGUUUAAGGAUCAUGGUGGGUCCAUUGUGAAUAUUUCUGCCACUCUUGGCUACCGUGGUCAAGCACUCCAGGUGCAUGCUGGGUCUGCCAAAGCUGCCAAUGAUGCAAUGACCAAGCACUUGGCAGUGGAGUGGGGUCCCAGUGGCGUGCGGGUAAACACACUGGCACCAGGACCCAUCUCUGGGACGGAGGGUUACCGUAGACUGGGCGGACCUCAGUCAGAAAGUGCCGGAGCGUUCCGCGGUAUUCCGUUGCAGAGGGCGGGAAAUAAGACUGAGAUGGCGCAUGGCGUUCUCUUCCUGGCCAGCCGUGCCUCCUCUUACAUCACCGGCACGGUAUUGGUCGCUGAUGGAGGGGCGUGGCUGACGUCACCCAAUGACGUGGAACGACUGCUGGGUAUACUCUCUUCUCGUUCUGCUAAACUCUGACAGACAGAGACAGCACUGCACAGGCUUCUGGACAGCAGAGAAGAGGAGAGACAAGUAGUGUGAUGUGAAAGAGAGGAAGGUGGUGUCUGAUAAAUGACACAUGUCUGUCAGAUUGUUGUUGGCUACCACAGACAGAUGAAGAGGACCCAGAGCCACACAUUCACAGAGACCAGCCUCUCUGCUUUAGACUACUGUAUCUCCUUUUGCUCUUACCGACUCCAUGAGACAUCUGAGGAAGAGGAGGAGGAGGAGACUGUCUGUAUGUGUAAAAGCAAAUAUCAUUCCUGCCUGACUUUAUAUCACUCCAUUUCAUCGGAAACAAUCUUUUUGAUUUGGACUGUAUCGAUACCCUGUUUUCUAAAACAAAUUCUCAUGAUUCUGAUAAUAAAUAAAUUUCCUACCACAAGUAGUC